UUUCAGGGACCACCAGGAGGAGGAUAUGGGGCACAGCCUCAGCCAGGAUAUGGGGCUCCCCCGGGACCAGGGUAUGGGGCUCCAGGAUUUGGAGGUCAGCCCCCACCCCCGGCUGGAUUUGGAGCUGGAGGUUUUGUUGGUCAGCCUCAGAUUGACCCCCAGGUCCAGCAGUGGUUUAUGACCGUAGACUCUGACCGCAGUGGACGCAUCACUGCACACGAGUUACAGCAGGCUCUGGUGAAUGCCAACUGGUCACACUUCAACCCGGAAACCUGUAGAUUAAUGAUAGGUUUGUUUGACAAAGAUAUGAGUGGCCAAAUUGAACUUCAUGAAUUCCAGGCCUUAUGGAAUUAUAUACAACAAUGGAAAGGAGUUUUUGAACAGUUUGAUCAAAACAGAUCUGGAGCCAUAGACUUUAAUGAAUUGUGUAAUGCAUACAGACAAAUGGGGUACAACCUAAGCCCCCAGUUUGCUCAGACAGUGGUUGCCAAGUUUGACAUCAUGGGUCGUAGGAGCCUUACGCUGGAUAACUUCAUUCAGUCCUGUGUAAUGUUGAAGUCGCUGACUGAUGCCUUCAGAUCCCGGGAUCCCUCGGGAACGGGAACAGUCAGGAUGGGAUACGAGGACUUUAUGACUUUAGCUGUUUUUAACAAAGUAUAGAUAAAAACUAAGGUGUAGGAAUUUACUCUUAUUAUUAUUAACCAAAUAUUUAUGAUAAUUAAUUUGUUUCCUUCAAAAUCUGUUAUUCCGCUUUUUGUUGAAGUUUCCCUUACAUUUUAGUCAUUUAUUUAUGACCAUCAACUCAUGUCCUUCCUUGUUAAAUCUUGAAUCUUUUGUAUUUGAAACAUUGUUCUGUAAGUAUUGGUUGGCACUGUUACAUGUUUCAUACUAUGUAUGAAGAUUGUAAUUAUUAUUUAAAAAAUAAUUUUUUGUUUUUUUCUGCAUGAUUAUGUACAGAAAUAAUGCACAGGGAAAAACCAUCUUCUUCCUUUUUACUUCAAAUCAAAUGUUAGAUGUCAAUAGUUGUAUCAGAGGAAAGGUUGUUACAAUGCAAUUUUUAACAUUUGAUGUUCCACUCUGAAACAUCCUUAUGGAAAAACAUCCUUCUCUUUAGUAGUUAGCCAAAAUUAAGAUUCCACUGUUUUUUUGCCGGAGUUUCAACUUCCUAUAAAGAUAGUUAUUAUCAGACAAUGAAUAACAUUUUUUAACUUUAAGUUUAAGUUAAUAAGUGUAACUAAAAUAUCUUUAAUUCUAUUUCUAUUAACACAUAUAAAAAAUGUAUAAUGCUUUUGUGCAUUUGCAUUUGACAGUUAUGCUUAGUUGUAUUACAUAAAUAUAUUAAAAUGCCUGUUGAAAUUAUUAUCUUUUUUAUUAAUUUUACCUCCUUGUAACUUAUAGCUAUCAAGGUGGGUACUAAAUGCUUUUUGUGGCAAUAUGUAACUUUGUAUUAUUUUCUGGAAACAUUGUGCUGACUACAGUCUAAUAAAGUAGACAUGUAUGGAUUUUACAAUUAUUUCUGUAUAUUUCAUUUUUUUUUUAUAUGAUUAUUAUUUUUAAAAUUUUAUAAUAUGUGUUGUCUAUACAUGUAUUUUACAAAGUUUUCGAACACACAAAUCAAUUUUUUGAAUAGCCCUUUGCUUGAUACAAUUUAUUUUUUUUUCUUUUUAAAUUCUGAAACAAAUUGAUAAGUAUUCUGUUUAGGAAUCUGUAUGAUCAGUCAAAAUAAGAAUAUAAAUGUAGUAAAUCAUUUGAAACAUGA